AGGUUGAGUCACGCAUCAAAUUCCCAUCAAAUAGCCAUAACCAUCUCACACAAUAACCACCCUUUUACUUCUCAUUUCUCAACCCAACAACAACAUCAUCAGCAACAUCAACAUAUCCUCGUAUAUUACCACCAUGGCUAUGGUGGUCCUCACACCCCUUUUGCUCAUACUCCCUAUUCUCCUACUUAAACUCCUCUACGACAACCUCUCGUGUUACUGGUUCACCCCUCUACGCAUAAAAAAGAUCAUGGAGAUGCAAGGUGUCCGUGGCCCCAAACCUAGUUUCUUCACAGGCAACAUCUUGGACAUGGCUUCCCUUGUCUCCAAAACAACCUCCCAAGACAUGAAAACCAUAAGCCACGACAUUGUUGGUCGUCUUCUCCCACAUUUCUUGCUUUGGUCUAUCCAAUUUGGAAAGAGAUUUCUAUAUUGGAAUGGAACAGAACCGAGGCUUUGUCUCACUGAGACCGAAUUGAUCAAAGAGUUCCUUUCAAAAUACAGUACGGUAUCUGGGAAAUCCUGGCAGCAAAGGCAGGGUUCAAAGAAUUUCAUUGGGCAAGGACUGUUGAUGGCAAAUGGUGAAGAUUGGUACCACCAACGUCACAUCGUUGCCCCUGCAUUCAUGGGAGACAGACUUAAGAGCUAUGCUGCACACAUGGUGGAAUGCACUAAGGAGAUGCUCCAAUCACUCAAAAUUGCGUCAGAGUGUGGCCAAACUGAGGUGGAGAUUGGUCACUACAUGACUAAACUCACUGCAGAUAUUAUCUCUAGGACUGAGUUUGGUACAAGCUAUCAGAAAGGGAAGAAAAUAUUCCACCUUCUCACACUGCUGCAGAGUCGUUGUGCUCAAGCAAGCCGUCAUCUUUGCUUUCCCGGAAGCAGGUUUUUCCCAAGCAAGUAUAACAGAGAGAUAAAGUGUUUGAAGAUGGAGGUGGAGACUCUGCUGAUGGAGAUCAUACAAAGCAGAAAAGACUGUGUGGAGAUCGGAAGAAGCAACUCUUAUGGGAAUGAUCUGUUGGGUAUGCUCCUGAACGAGAUGCAGAAGAAAAAAGGGAAUGGAAACAGCAUCAAUCUGCAGCUAGUGAUGGAUCAAUGCAAAACAUUUUUCUUUGCCGGACACGAAACCACUGCCCUUUUACUCACUUGGACAGUCAUGUUACUCGCCAGCAACACAUCAUGGCAGGACAAAGUCCGAGAAGAGGUUAGAACUGUCUGCAAUGGAGAAAUUCCUUCUUUGGAUCACCUCUCCAAGCUCACUCUUUUGCACAUGGUGAUUAACGAAUCACUGAGGUUGUAUCCUCCAGCAUCGGUGCUUCCGAGAAUGGUGUUUGAAGACAUAGUACUAGGUGACCUUUACAUCCCAAAGGGGCUGUCGAUUUGGAUCCCUGUGUUGGCCAUUCAUCACAGCGAAAAGCUAUGGGGAAAAGAUGCAAACGAGUUCAACCCAGAGAGGUUCAGUUCGAAGUCAUUCGUUCCCGGUCGUUUUCUACCCUUUGCUUCUGGUCCUAGAAAUUGCGUUGGACAAGCCUUUGCUUUAAUGGAAGCUAAGAUCAUAUUAGCCAUGUUGAUUUCUCGGUUCAGCUUCACCAUUUCUGAAAAUUACCGUCAUGCCCCCGUCGUCGUUCUCACCAUCAAGCCCAAAUAUGGGGUUCAGGUUUGUUUGACGCCAUUGGAGCCAUGAGGGAUCUUCCAUUUUCAGAGAUGAAAGAGAGUUUUUGUCUUUUAUGGUGCGGAUAUAUAUAAUAUACUAUAUCUAUAUAACAAUGGUCAUCUUGAUCUUGAUGAGCAUUCUUGUAAUUUUUUAUUUCGACUUUUUUUACAACCAUCGCGGGAGAUAGAGAUGAAAUAAUGAUUGCAAGGAUUAGGAUAUGUAAAUUAGAAGAAACUUGAAUGAAAGAACACGUAUUUAUCUCUU